GAUGUUUUCUGUAGCCUAAACCUGGGGGAAAAUUGAGAACAUGACUGAGGCAGCCUCGAGCAUUCCUCCUCCUCCUCCUGAAGCUGACAGGUGUCAGACAGGGAGAGAAGACGGAGACGCUGAGAAAGCGUGGAAAACAAGCAAGCAGGCGGUCGCUAAAGCCCGCUGGAAGCUGCUCCGACAGGUUCUGAAACAAAAACAUGUGACGGGUAUGCAUCUUCAGCAAGUAUCAGUAAGGAGAUUUGCUUCAUUUAAUCUCUUCUCAGUAAGAGAAGAUAGCAGAAAGGCAACAGAAGGUGACCAUGGGACCUGGGUUCAGUAUGAAAGCAUCUUUUAUCCUCAAUACAGUAUAUUUUUAAGAUGUAACACCGGACUCUUAAAUGUUGAAGAUGUUCUGACAAGUUUUGACAAUACAGGAAAUGUUUGCAAAGGAUUACUGUUACUAGAUGGCAUCUUCCUCUUCUUGAUGUCUUUCAUUGUGGUUGGCCUGUCAGAAUUUCUCUCUCCACUCUUCAGUGAAAUCUACACAACUGUGAUGGCUCAGACUGAAGUACGCAGGAAGCAGAAAGAAUCCUUGAAAUCAUGAGCUCAACAGUAUCCUGGGGGACUCUUGAUGGACCGUUGGUAAUCGGAUUCACGUGAAGCAUAUAUUGCAAAAUAUUUCCAAUUUCACAAACGAACUUAACACAAGGCAAAUACUCUACAGGAACCAAGAUCUUACCUGACUCUCCAAUCAGUGUAAAAAGUACUCCUGGUUCAGUGCUGCUUGAUGACACUACUUACUAUAGCUAGUGGUAGCCUCCUGCAGGAGAAGAUUAUUGCAGAUUUGACAGUCGUUGCAGUGCUCCAGGCCUGUCGGAUUCAAACCUGAUUCCUGUUUGAUUAAAUGCACCUAUUUUAUCCCAGAAUCUUAUAGUUUGUUUUCUAGAUAUAUUUUAGCACUUUACUGUGAGCAGGGUUUUUUAGUAAGCAGCU